GCAGUAUACCAAUGAAUUCCACGAUUAGAACUGAAAAUCAAACAACCAGACAACCAAUUACUCACACCUCCAAUAAUCAGCAUAGACAUUACGAUACGUCAAAGCAGAUUGUCAAUAGUCGUGAAUCAGGGACAACACUAAUGAACAUUGCGACGUCAGGAACAUUGGAAAAGUUAGUGAAGAAACCUUCGUAUACUGUUUUAAUAUUGGUUUUGACAAUUGUUGCAGUUGCAAUUAUUUCUUGUGGAGUAGUGCUGGCCAUUUGUCGAGUAAGACGCCAAGGACCAUUUAAGCGUAAGGAACCUGAAACAGGUUCGCAAAUGAGAGAAAUGCACGAUCCAAACUACCAUGACUUUGGUAUUGCUUUUCAUAAUGCAUCCAGUAUGUCGAAUAGUAAUACGGCAUAUAAUACAAAUAAUGAUGGACGCAAUGUACUUUCAGGUCAGACUUCUGAUAACAUGCAAAGCGGCACAGCGUCAAAUAAUGAGUACAGUGUCGUUGUGAGAGAUAAAAAAUCAAGUCUGCGUGCUAACGAUGAUAAUCUUGACCAAAAAGAGGAAAAUUCUUCUGACAUAAUGGACAACGAAUAUGAUAGGCUUAAUCAAAUUCGAAUUCCUAAUAAUAACUAUAAUUCCAAAAAUAUCUAUGAUAGUUCUUCCGGAUUAAGAGAUGAAUGCGAUCCAACAUACAACAUAAGUUCUCAAAUAUUUGGUAGAAAUAAGGAUGACAACACAGUAUACGAUCAUGCUUAAACCUUGGCAAGCGUGCCUUUAAACAAUAAACUAUUUUUACAUAGUAGAGGGAUAUAUUUAUAAUCUAAGCUAUGUAUAAUAGCUUCGCAUCCGUAAACUGGAAUUGUUUGCACCAUAAAAAUCAGUAGCACCUGUAACGUAUGAAUUAUAAUUUCAGUUAAUAUAUUGUACGUAUAUAAGUUUCAGACGUAUUCUUCGACUUUUUUUUUCUAUAUAUUUGUAUUCUAAAUUAAUUUUGUUUUAGGGGAGUGGAGGGGU